AUGGAAGGUUCCUUCCAACUCCUGGCCUCCUUGAUGUGCAUCAUCCUGAUGGGAUCAUUUGUGAGAACUAAAAGAGAUACCACUAGGAACUUGUUCAACACAGAGCUGCACAGUGCGCCGGCGCAGCGCUGGUCCAUGAAGUUGCCGGCCGAGGUGAGUGCGGCGGUGGGCGAGGCGGCAGUGCUGCCCUGCACCUUCACACACCCGCACCGCCACUACGACGGGCCGCUCACGGCCAUCUGGCGGGCGGGCGAGCCAUACACGGGCCCGCAGGUGUUCCGGUGCGCGGCGGCGCGGAGCAGCGAGCUCUGCCAGACGGCGCUUAGCCUGCACGGCCGCUUCCGGCUGCUCGGCAACCCGCGCCGCAACGACCUGUCGCUGCGCGUCGAGCGCCUAGCUCUGGCCGACGACGGCCGCUACUUCUGCCGCGUCGAGUUUGCCGGCGACGUCCACGAGCGCUACGAGAGCCGCCACGGCGUCCGGCUCCGCGUGACCGCCGCCCCACGGAUCGUCAACAUCUCGGUGCUGCCCGGCCCGGCGCACACCUUCCACGCGCUCUGCACGGCUGAAGGGGAGCCGCCGCCCACCCUCGCCUGGUCCGGCCCAGCGCUGGGCAACGGCUCGGCCUCCGUGCCGAGCCCAGGUCAAGAUCACGGCCAUCAGGUGACCGCCGAGCUGCCCGCGCUGGCCCACGACGGCCGCUACACGUGCGCGGCCUCCAACAGCCUGGGCCGCGCCGAAGCCAGUGUCUACUUGUUCCGUUUCCACGGUGCCUCCAGGGCCUCAGCAAUCGCCCUCCCGCUCGGCGCGCUUGGUCUCAAGGUGAUUCUGCUGCUCGGCGUUCUGGCCGCCCGCGCCGCAGCCCGCCGCCGCCUAGAGUACCCAGUCACCCAGGACGCCUCCCCGCGGCCCCAAGCUCAGGAGUCCAAUUAUGAAAAUUUGGGCCAGAUGAGUCCUCAGGGUCCACCAGCAGCCGUGUGUUCACCUUGAGGAGCCCAUUGGCCACUGGCAUCCCCUGGACACCAUGAGGAAUGAAAGCCAACAUGUGGCUUGGCUGGGAUGGCCCUUCCUGGCUCCCAGGCACCUUGGCAGCCCUAGCCUGGCAACGCCCUGAGGUCAGGACCCUACUCACAGAGGCUCAGAGGUCUCCUACGUGGACUUCUGUCUCCAAGCCCCAAAGAUAUUUCUGUCAACGGGGCAGCAUUUUACACGCAUGCGCACGUGUGUG